AGGCCAAUAGCGGACCGAGGCGGCGCCGCUUGCGCGCGCGCACCGCCCACCGACCUCCACUAACGGGAAAACUCGGAAAAUUUAUACCCAGUAUACCUAAAUCAUUGCAUUCAUUGCAACAUAAAGAUAUCUAGAAGAUUCUGAUAUGAAUUCUAUUUUAACCCCUUAAGUAAAAAAAAUACUGCACCAUUACAUAAAGUUAACUUUAAUUUAUUGGAUAAAUUUGCUAAGGAUCUGCCAGCCCUUGUUUUGUUUGAGAUAUGUUAAGAUUAAAUAAUGUUGAUCAACCCACAUAAAUCAAUAAAAAAUCCAAAUUUCGUCGAACUUACCUACACUAAGCAUUAUUACCUUUGUGGUAAUAUUUACAUUCACAAGUAAUAUAAUAACGGAGUAAUCGAUAAGUAAACAAACAGAAGAUGGUAUCGGCGUGCCGCGCGCGCCCCUUCUGUCGAACAUUUUUAUAGUAAUGCGCGCGCACAAGGAACUCUUUAUAGAGUGUGCGCGCGAGUCGACUGCACGCGCGUUCAUCCCGCGGCCUAUACUACGGGCCUGGCUAUAGUUAUUUGUCAUAACGACGAUAGGUCUAAGUGUAAAUAUGAGCUGGGAGCAAGAGCGAGGCAAGCAAGAGAUCAACGAGGCCGUCGGGAAACUUUUGGUGAAUUUCAACUACGACAAUAUAGUGCCUCAGCAGCCCAAAGGAGGCGGUUGCUCGCAACGAAACCACGUGAAAAGGCCCAUGAACGCUUUCAUGGUAUUUGCGCAGGCCAUGCGAAGACGUCUCUCUGAACAGCGGCCGUCCCUACACAACGCAGAACUGAGCAAAUCAUUGGGAACUAUGUGGAAGAGUUUAAGUCAUGAACAGAAGUUACCGUUCAUCGAAGAGGCUGACAAUCUCCGUACGCAACAUAAAAAGAAAUACCCCGGUUACAAAUAUAGUCCACGACGUCGGAAGCCGGCGCAUUCCACAGCAACACGACUUAAACGAGAGCUUUCUUCGGACCAAAGCCACAUUGACUUCGAGGGCAUGCCGGAGAUAUCCCCGGCGUUGCUGGAGGGAGGCCCGCCAGACGGCGCUGAGUUCGAACAAUACUUGAAGCCAGUGCCGGACUACCACGAGCUCCAGCCACGGUACUCAGCCCACAGCCUCACCCACCAUGCAGUACCACCGUUGUACGCGCCCGUCCCACCAGAUCUUCACUCCCCAUGCACCGAAUGGCAGCCCUACCCAGGUCAUCCCUAAUAUAGGCGCUAUUCAAUUGUUCCUGAAUAGACAUAGUUUAACGCAGUUUCCUAAAAUGUUAUUUUAUCAACAUUUUUUGUUAAGUUAUAUAAAACUAGGUCACAUAAGUUGUAAAUAUAAGUAGGUCUACAUCGCGAGGCGGCUUUGCGCACGUGCAUUUAAUCAGGAGUAAAAUAAACAUUUGGUUUGCUAUUCAGUUAUUAUUUAAAUACAGAUGUUAUAGUCAUGAAUUUUCCACGUCACGUUUGUAAAAAUAACAAAAAUAAUAGAUUUUACUAUAAAAUAUUUACUGUGUUAUGCCUCUAUGUAGUGUUAUUAUGUAAUUAAACUAAUAAUUAAUAUUUAAAUUAAGGUAGGUAGUUAAAAAAUCCUUCAGUUCCAAAGUUAUUUAACAUAAGGAUAUAAGUUAUUACUUAUUAGGCGCUUUCAACAAUUUAUAUUUUGUUUUAAAAAAUCAAGCUAUGUCUUGACUUAGGGUAAUCAAAACAAAACCCGUGAUAUAGUCUGGAACACAGAACAAUUGGUUUAGAUGUCCAAAAUUAACACAAAUUACUCUGAUAAAAAUAAGAAAGGAAAUAGUAGUGAAGGGUGAAUUUUUCCAAAAGGGAACCCAAUACCACUUAUAGGUACUAAUAAUAUGCAUUUAAACGCAGUCUGGAAAUCGUUUUAAUGAUAAUUAGAUUUUACAUAAAUUACGAAAUGGAAGCUGGCAAGAAUGAGGUUAUAUGGACCCUUGGCUAUUGAAAGCAUAAAAACAUUCAUAAAUCAGCAAAUAAAUAAAUUAUAUACCUACUUCUCAUCCAUGGUCGUGUAAAUCCUCGUGGAAGAUACAAGAUGUAUCUCAUUAUACUUACUUGUACCGGCCAAACUCUGCCUGAAUAGGAAUUCUGUACUAGUGGCGCCAAUUUUAAACUGAUAUUUAGCUGGUAACGCAGUAAGGUUUUGAGUUUUAAGUGAGUCUUGCUGAUAGUAGGAUAUAUUUUAUAUUCGUUCAUAUAGCGACCACCGUACACAAGGUGUAAAAACACGCCAUACAGGCUCAUGUAAGUGUGUGGCGUUCCGGGAUAAGACCGGAAUAUUUAUAUCGACUACCGAGAGGUAAUCUCUUGUCAGUGACCAUUCUAUUGGGCCCCAAUCUAUUUACCAUCAACGUGCAGUCACUUGGCCGUCACCGUAUAAAAAAGCGGUAAUUUUCGGCCUACAAAUUAAUAGUAAGUGACAAACUGUACAAGUUUAUUAUGGAAAAAUGUUUAAAUGUAUAUCGUUCAUUAGACAAAUAACGUAAAUUCGAAUAAAACUUAGUGAUUUAAUUGUCCGUUUUAGUGCAUUUCGCUGCUUUUUAUUACAUAUAAUAUGGUUUUGAUAGUGCAUAUAAUCCGAUGUCUAUUAUGGGCCAUCUCCAGACUUCAAAGCUAAACUUGAGGAGGAGCGUUGUCAUUCUUAGUAUAGCGUUUAAUAUUAUAUUGUUAUUAGACAUAGCUAUAUUUAAAACGUGGAAGCACCAUUAGUUUUACUUCAUUAUACUAAUACAGAAUAUGUUUAGAAUAAUUACUGUUGUGAUUAAUUAAUUAUAAGUAUCAUAUUCAUGUUAUUGUUCAAAAUAAAGUGGGUUUAUUAUUU